AUGUUUAAGGUAUUAUCAAUUGUAUGUCUGUUGGCACUGAUAGCAGUUUGCAACUGUCAAUUGGGAGGACUGCCAAUAGCCCGGGCACUUGCCGUUCCCGUUCAACACGAGAGACCGGAGCCAUACUCUUAUGGUUAUACGGCGUCCGAUGAAUUUGGUACGACAUGGACUCGACAGGAAUCGGGUGAUGAACAGGGAAAUGUCCGCGGGUCGUACUCGUACCGCGAGGCCAACGGCAUCGGCAGGACUGUCGAGUAUACGGCCGACGCUGUCAAUGGAUUCCAGGCUCAUGUUGUGACCAAUGAGCCGGGAACUGUCGAUCACGCAACUGCCGGUGCUCUCUAUAGAACUACACAAUAA